AUGAGCCGGGAGCCUAAGUCACCUCAACCAGCGGUGAGAGGGUCCGCCGACUCAUUCAAGUUGGGACAAACUCAGGAGAGGAGCGCUUGUGAAGCGUGUCGGAAGAGGAAGAUCAAGUGCACGGGGGAACGUCCUGUAUGCUCACGUUGUCAGAGACUAGGUAAGGAAUGUGUGUAUGAGUCCGUGGUGAACACUUGGACUUACAUAGCCGCUUUGGAAAAACGUCUACAAGCGGUCGAAAGUAUCGUGGGCAGUCCAUAUACGCCCAAACGUCACCAGAAGGGAACACGUUCUCGCUCUCCUACCGAUCGACGUCAACGACCCUAUCCUGUGUUGGGGGCGGGCAGCAAUGCUGCCCCACAUCACACCCUCGCAGCCUCCCAUACCCCUGCUUCUAGCUCCACCGUCAAUUGGCGAUACGAAACGAUGACAGCUCAACAGAAGCAUCAUCUUCAACAACCUGGGAUUCAGGAUCAAGGCGUUGUGGACGUCGGCUGGUCCCAGAUCUCCGUACCAGGUGACGCUCAAGUUGUUACAGGCUUGCCACUCGAUAACGACCUGAUAGGCGAGCUGUCCAGACAAAGUGGAUCUAUAGCUCCCACCUCAAUGGCAAUGGUGGAUCAAUCACUCAUUCCUCCUGCUCACGUCGUAAAUGCUCUCGUAGAUCAUUUCAGGACAUGCACCGGCGCUUCGUACCCUAUAUUCCACAUACCCACCCUCCUACGCCAGAUCGAAGCUGUAUCUUCGACUGAUGGUCUCCUACUGCCGCGGGCCGACAUCUGCGUGGUUAUAUUGGUUCUAGCGGUCGCAUCUACAUCUCUGCCGCUCAAAUCGCCUCUGUAUGGCGAUUACAAAGCGCGAGCAUCAGUGCUGUGGAAGUACGGUCAAAGUAUCCUCCCAAACCCGGAUAGUGUCUCGGGUCUCACUAGACUUCAGAUCACCCUGAUCAAGCUGCAGUAUGUGCUAUACAAUCCGAUAGCAGGCAACGUAUGGGAUCUCUCGGGAGCGGCCAUUCGCCUGGCGGUCGAUCUUGGUUUACACUUGGAUUCAGUCCUUACCGUUUCGCCUUUGGAGGAAGACUUGCGCCGUCGCCUGUUCUGGAUCUCGUAUAACCUCGAGCGGAACGUCUGUACUGUUCUAUCCAGACCGCCAUCGAUUCCAGAUGAUUGGAUCAACGCUUCGUUCCCUUCCCUCAUUGACGAUACCUUAAUCAGUGAAGACACUAUACGGACAGGGAACCCAUCGCCUCUCAAGGUUGUCGCCGUUCAUCGAUUCCGACUUCGUAUCCUUCAGUCUGAGAUUCUGGGCCGUCUAUAUCGACCCGCUUCAGCGACCUCACCCCCACCACAGGAAUGGUAUGAUUCAAUUGUCGAGCGUCUUGAGAUCUGGCGGAGAACACUUCCCAACAGCGCCGAUAGCUGGAGCCUCGAGUGGUCCCAUACAAAAUAUCACCUUACGCUGAUUCUGCUUUUCCGACCUACUCCUGCUUGUCCUCUGCCUGUACGAGAGUGUCUCGCCAAGACGCUGGUCAGUGCAGGAAGGGUGAUGCGGGCUUACAAAGAGUUGUAUCGAUCAGGCAGCAUUACAUUUAAUUGGUUCACCACCUAUCAGCUGUUCCUGGCUGCUGCCGCAUACCUCAAUGCACUUGGGCAGGCUGCUCGCAACGGCUGGGACAUAGUCUCGAGCGUGAUCGAAUCUCUCCUUGAUGUACAGUCAUGUACGUCCAUAAUGGAGGCUAUAUCCACCAUCGCUCCCGGAACAUCCGGAAUAAGAGAUGCCACCAAUGCCGUUUCGGAAAAGAUCGUUCGUUAUCUCACUCGAGGAGGCCAAGAUGACACGAAUGUCUCAAUGUUAUCUAACUUUCCAAAUCUGGUAGUACCCCCACAGAAAUAUGGUCUUGAGCCAAGUGCUGAUUCUCAUCCCUCUUCAUCUUCCAUGACGGCAGCACAUCUAGAUGCAAUCCCUGUCGUCGGUGGCGACGGUGGCGCUGGGAGUGACGGUUGGCUGCUUCCGCCGAUGCACGGCCAAGAUGGAGAUUCGCUCAUGCGGCUGCUGGGCGAGAUACAGCCCGAAGAUUGGGAGAAAUGCUUUGGGGAUGGGAGCGCGGUCCAGCAGCCGUUCCAGCUGGGAUUCCCCAUAUGA